UCUUGCUCAAGGACACUUCGACAUGUGAACUGCAGGCACCGAGAUUUACGAUGAUAUAGGCCAGACACUUUCAGUGUUUGAAUGAACUUUAACUUCUGCAGUGCUUUCAUACUGUGCAUUUACUGCGCAUUUUUCGUUCACCUGUUCUUACGCCCAGACACUACAACUUGGAUCAUGCAGGUUAUUCUAAGCAGAGUGACUGCAGGUCACAUUAGCCAAUAUGAGGCUGAACCAUCACUGUUGACAUCCAAUCAGCUGAGGGCUGAUGGGAUUGGAUGCGCAAUCAAAGUGUUUUCCUCUGUCAUCACUCUUGGAUACCUUGACCAGAGAACACAGAUCUGCAUUAGAGGCGUGGGCCUGAACGUUGUGCUGUUUCUGGCGUCUUGUCGUCGGUGAUGGAAAACACCCGCUGCUUUGCAAACCGCUUCACUGACUACAAAGGUGCGCUGCUCCCGGGUCAGAGCGCUGAGGCCAUCGUGCCCGCCGUGAUCGCCACCGUAGAUAAAAUCCUGAAAAAGGUUCCCAUCGACACCAGCGACUGCGACGGAGGGCUGUACGAUGGCCCGGCCGGGGUGGCUUACAUGCUGUAUCAUGUCACCGAGUGCCCGCUGUUCUCCGAGCACCGGGACGUCUACCUGAAGACGGCCAAGCAGAUCAUCGACGUGUCGGUUAAAUACGUGGAUGCGGAGCCGGAUGAAAACAUGCGUGCAGCCUUUCUGCUCGGCGGAGCGGGCAUCUACGCUGUGGCCGCUAUGAUAUACAAGUCCAUGGGCUUGGCCGACUUCGUUAAGCCGUUGACCAAAUUUCGCAACCUGUGGGAGGUGUGUGCGCCCAUCAAUUUUCUGGAAUGCGGCUCGGAUGAGCUGUUUGUGGGGCGUGCUGGGUACCUGUGUGCCGCCCUGGUCCUCAAACAGAAGCUGGGCAUAGAGAUUCUGAGCAAGGACCAGAUCAAAUCUAUUUGCCAGGCCAUCAUCGAGUCAGGAAAGCAAUAUGCCAGGAGGAAGCGGAAGCCUUUCCCCCUCAUGUAUUCAUACUAUGGAACUGAGUAUCUUGGUGCAGCCCAUGGCCUCUCAUCAGUGCUGCAGAUGCUGCUGAGCUAUCAGGACAUGCUCAGAGGAGCAGAGAAGGACCUGGUGUGGCAGAGCGUUGACUUCCUCAUGAAUCAGGAGCAGAACUGUAACUGGCCUGCAGAGCUGGGCGCCAUCAUUGAGAGAGAGAAUGAACUGGUGCACUGGUGCCAUGGGGCCCCUGGUGUUGCGUAUCUUUUUGCGAAGGCCUAUCUGAUCAAUAAGAAGCCCCAGUACCUGGACACGUGCAUACGUAGUGGGGAGCUCGUGUGGCAGAAAGGUCUACUGAAGAAAGGGCCUGGGAUUUGUCAUGGAGUUGCAGGCAGCGCUUAUGUCUUCCUCCUGCUGUAUCGGCUCACAGGCAAUUCGAAAUACAUCUACCGUGCUCAAAGGUUUGCCGAGUUCCUCUACACUGAGGAGUUUAAGGCAGGCUCACGCUCAGUGACCAGUGUCUACAGCCUGUUUGAAGGCCUGUCGGGGACUGUUUGUUUCCUGGUUGACCUCCUGCAGCCGGACCAGUCCGAGUUCCCUCUGUUCAGUGUCUUUGUGUGAAUGGAACCCAGGUCACUGCCGUCCACUGACCUGAACAGACAUCAGUCCUUCCCUCUGACAUCCCCUGAGAGCUGAUCUGUAGAAACUUCAGAAUGUGGAUUGACACUGUGAUCUGAGUGGAAGUGGAGGGAUGGUUGGUAUUUGUUUGGGGUUUAGAAAAUCACAUUUGAGUACAGUUGCAGUAGAAAAAUGGUCUUGUUUUAUGUCUGUACAAAAGUGGAUGUUCAGCUUCCAGGCUUCAGAUUCAUUCUACUUACUGUAACAUUACUCGUUUCAAUUUAGUCAACAGCACUAAAGCAGAAGUUUUCAAACUGUGAAGUUCACUUCCCCAGCAGAGUACAGGCGAGUUGAGGAGGGACAAACGUGAGGCAAAGAUGUUGCAUGAGGUGAAUUUGAGCCAAAAACCAUACUUCUUUUUGAAGUAAUAACCCAGUUAACUAGCUAAUCUGGCAUAUUUUGAUUAAGCCAAUUUGCCAAAAUGUAAAAAAAAAUCCUGGCUAAAAAUUUGUUGUAGCCUAUGAGGUGCAGUAGAAGAGAAACUGAGAGUUUUGUCUUGUGCUUUCAGACUUUGAAAACCCCUGCACAAAAGUAUUGGGACCUUUGAAAUGUGGUCCUACUCAUACAGUGACUGAAAUUGCAGCAUGUUCUAGAGAGAUGCUGCUCUCAGGUCAGAAACACAUGCAUUAGUUGACAGCUAAAUGGCAAUCACCCUCGAGACACAAAAGAAAACAGAAAAAAGACAAAAACAAGUGUCACAUAAUGCCUUUAAAAUUUUUCUAUCACGUCACCAGCUCAGCGUCACAUAUCGCAGACCUUUAGGUUCAUGUGUUUGAUAUGCGUAGUUUCUCAAAUGAUUGUUGUCACGCUUAAUGAUAAAUAUAAUGGAGGGAUUUUGAUACACAACCUGCAAAAUCGAACUGGGUAGAGGGGUACAUCCAUCAGAUGCUGCAAGAAUUAACUGUAGUUCAUUGUCUCACUUUGUUUGCGCUGUGCAAUAUUACUGACUUGUCUGUUGUAACCAAGGUUGUAGCGGUGUGUCAGCUGUUUGUACUUGAUGUGUCAAACUGUGCAUCUUUGAAAUGUCUAAUAUGUCAUUAUUUGUUGCCAGUUUUACCCUGUGUAAAAAACCUGAGUACGUUAUAUUGUAGGUUUGUGAUCGAGACUGAGAAAAAAGUAAAACGUCGUCAUUGUGAGGAUUUAAUUUUGCUUCCAGUUCAGACUGUUGCUACUUUCUGCAGCUUAGUUCUGUAAAUUACAGUCAGCUGAGGAUUUCUUUACAUAAAUGUGAUAAUGAGGCCUUAAAGACAAAUUUCUAGCAUUUGGAUAUGAUCGCAUCUCUCAGAGUAAAAAGGAUUGACAACAAUGUGAACUGAAAAUGUUUUGGGCAGCGUUUCUGACAGUAGCUCAAGUUGGUAACUAAGGCCUGUGAAUACCUGAAAACCAAAGCGGUUUCCCAGUGCUAACCGUGCCUGUUGUGGAACAUUUAUAUGCUGUGUAUGUGUAUUUGCUGUUUUUGCAUUUGCAAUUUGAGAUGUCCACAACAAAGUCUACAGGAUUAUUGUUAUUAAUAAAGUGUCCAGAUGGAAAAGAAGU